AAUCCACCCUCCAUCCGCUGCCCCGCCAGUCAACAGCCAGCUCCAUUCGCAUCAUCGUGUCUUUUUGCUUUUAUUGCGUGUCCUCGCUCGCCGCCUGUGCCGCAAAGAUGGACUCGGACCUGUCUUUGGAGCCGCCCUCUCCCCCAAGCCUCCCGCGUUUACCCGCAUCCCUCGACGAAGUCGUCCUUACCAGGCUCCCAGCAAGGGCAUUCUACAUCGCCGACUUCAUCACCGAGGAGGAGGAGCAGCACCUGCUCUCCAAGAUCGCAUCGGCGCCCAAGCCAAGGUGGAAGCAACUCAGCCACCGGCGUCUUCAGACAUGGCCCUCUGAUCUGGUCAAGGACACCCUUCUGGACGCUCCGCUACCAGGAUGGCUGAUGGACCCUGUUGUGUCGCGACUCACCUCGAUCCCGCUCGUAGGCGACUCGGAUGAAGCCCACCGAAUGCUGUUCGAUGAAAGCCCCCACAAGGCACCCAACCACGUCCUCAUCAAUGAAUAUCCCCCUGGCGUUGGAAUCAUGCCUCACAAGGACGGGGCAGCAUAUCACCCCAUUGUAUGCACCAUCAGCCUCGGCGCGAGCCUGUGCCUCAACAUAUACCAGAGCAAGGAAGACGGCGCAUUGGAGCCGGAACCGGCUUGGAGAGUACUGCAAGAGCCGCGUAGUCUCCUAGUCACGACCGAGAACCUGUACAUGGAUUAUCUCCAUGGCAUAGCGGACAUCGACGCCGACGUUGACCUCUCUAGGGACACCGUAGCCAACUGGGACCUGCUCAGGUCGAGCAAAGAGUUUGAGGGAGGGCGAAGCGAGCGCGGAGUGCGGACGAGCCUGACCUAUCGGGACGUCAUGAAGGUGUCCAAGCUCGGGAGCAAGCUUGGCUCGUUCCUAAAGCGGUAGCCAUGAUGGACGAGUCCCCCCUACUUGAAGCCGGCCAGACUAGGGCAAGAGUGCCUGUCUAGUACACGAGCGGGAUCAUUAUCCACCGCGACCCCAUACUCGACGCCCCAAACUUGUCCAUAUACCACUUCCGCGUCCCAUGCGCUGUCGCUCCGAGGUUCACCACCACGAAUAGAAAUGCUGAUACGAUGGUCCGGUUGGAGAUUUGGCCCUCUGGCGCUGCCACGGCCGCCAGUGAUAGGUAUAGGAGGCACUCGCAGGUGUAGUGCGGACAAACCAAGUACUGGAAUAGCCCCUGGGUGGGAAGCGAGUACUUCUUCAGGCUGGCCAGAUGCCUGUGGCACCUGUACUGCGCAGCCGACACGAGGACAAACAUCAGCGACCCCAGUGCUACCUUGAUCGAGGGUAGCUGUGUGGAUAGGGCCGAGACAGGCUGGGGAUCCAGGAUCAGAGCUUCGGAAAUGAGUCAGCAGGGAGCAUUACACUGCGUCUUUGCCACACUGGGCGUCGUCUGUCUUGGUCUCAUGCAUACCUGCGCCUUCUAUCCACACGGCGAUGCUCAUGACCAUGUAGAAAGCCAUACCCAACAUCCAGUGGAUGACCCACAUGGUGGAAGCGGACUUUUUAACGACAAAGACUUGCUCAUAGAAGCGCCGGACUCCCUGAAGGGCCAUCAGUGCCCAGGCCGCGAAGACGCCCUGGGCGACAUGAGGGCUGAUCCGGGAGGCCAGCUUGCCCUCUGGUAGGUCGGGGCGCUGGCUAGAGGCGAGCAGACGUAUGGCGCUGCCACUGACGGCGUACUGGUAUGCCCAAAAGGCGGAGCAUGCCAGAAACGUGGCGUAAAAGCUGCCGAACCACCAGUGCGGCACCUGACCCCACGCCGUGAGGGUGGAGACCAGAGCCUCGAGCCAGCCGCUCCCAGUGGAGAGGCGGUCACCGUUGGCGCCGGAGCUGCGAGCGCCAUACCCAAGGAGGAGACAGCCGAGCCGCGGGGGUAGGACGGUGACGGCCAGGAUGCCAGCAGCGGCAAGGGUGAAGAACGACUGGCACCACUGGGCUGGAGAAAGCCACGGGAUGGCGGCCGCGAUGUGAUCCAUCGUCUGCGGAUUGGUGGUGGAGGCUUCAAGUUCGGAUCCCGAGUCCGACCAACGAUAGGGCCGAGUCAGACGCACGUUUGGGUUGAUGGGGAAAAAAGCUUGAGAUUUCGACAUCCGAAGUGUCCCUUUUUUUUUUGGCCCCAACAGGAUCUGCCGGAAACCCGUGCUCCCACCAUGACGGACACGCUGGGCGGAUCCUGAUUCGGGCGCCAGUAGAGCUUUGACUCGCCUGGGUGCGUGCUCGACGUGGUCCAGGGCGCCUUGACCUCUGGCUGGGCUUAGAUUGGCGCAAUCCGCCGCGGCCGAAAAGGCACGGUUUGCAAAAAAAAAAAAAAAAAAAAAAAAAAAAAAUAACAGCAA